AUGACGGCAGAAAAAUUCCAGCAAGAGGCUGAGGCCAAUGGGAAUGGACCUCAGUCCCAAGAUCCACAGCGUCCCGGUGUGGCACAAGAUCUGGCGGUUGAACGUGGGAUGAAGCCUACGCAAGACACGAGUCUGCCUGCGGACUUGAUACAGGUAGAAGAGCAGAAAGCACCAUCCGUACCAGAAAAGGUCAUCACACCUCCUGCCAAGAACCCUCACAUGGAGAUGCCUCCAAUCGUGUCGGAGCCCGAGCCGCAGAUGGUGACGCCGCUGUCCAGGUUGACGGCAACGCCGACGUUCAUCGACUGCCCCUUCUGCCUCCAGCGGGCUCAGACAAAUGUGUCAACAGAGGGGACCUCAAUGCAGACCAUGGCGGCGGCUCUGUGCUGCUUGUUCUGCAUAUGUGCUGUCUGUCUCCCAUAUGUGUGCCCACUGGUUUGA